CAUUCUCACGCUUCAGAUGAGACUUUGGAUUCGCUAUCAAGAUGCACCGGAUGCUAAACCGGUCCUAGUUCCUGAUAACGCAGAGUUUUGCGUUCACGAUUUGAAGGUUUUGGCAUUGUCUACGCGUCGAGACCUGGAUGCACAGGACCCAUCUUUUCUAGUGGUUUGGGAGGAUAACAGGAGAGUAAGGCCCGGAGAGCGGGUGCGUGAACUACAAGGUGGAUGGGAUGACAGGAGUGCGUUAAUUAUAGGGUGGUCCAGAAGAGAUUCUAUGGACGCGCCGGUCAAAAGCGAAGGAAAGGAUGCAGACAGCACACUCAAAACUGGGCGGAGCAGGGUGACUACCGAGAUUGGGGAAGGUCUUGACAGCGGAAGCAAAAAGAGGAGAAAGGUUGAUAUGAAGGCCAAGGAAACCAGUAUGGCCCGACAAAGUCAAGUCAUUGAUUUGGAUGCGUUUGACUCUGCCAACGCAGUUGAUGGAAAACUGACCACAUCCGCGAGUGUGGCAUCACCGAAAUAUUUAGCCCCUGCUUCAAAUCUACAUAUCACAUCCGCAUCGCCCGCUUCUCGCUCUCGGUCCACUCCGAAAACACCCACCUCAGCUCGAGACUUAUUUGAAGUGGUUUGCAUUAACUAUACCGUGUGUAAGUCGUCGACACUCCUUCCGACAUCUGAUGCUGGACGGCAACGCUACGUCUGCGUCAACCCUAUUUGCAAGCGUGUACAAGCCCCGACUUCUCGUGGGCUUCUUUGUAAGAUUUGUGGGACCAUGUGCAACCAGAGCGGUGGAAUGUCCAGCAAAAACAGCUAUGUAAUUCACGCGUGGGAUUUGCACCGAAGUUUCAUGCCGCCCGAUCCCAGCACAGGAUAUCUAGAUAAAGCUGACAAUGACGCGAAAUUGCGAUCCUUGAGUCCUGCAAGUAUGCUGCUUGAUGCAAACUCAAAGGACCGACCAAAGAGGAGGCCUUCUGCAAAUCCACAUAUCUGUAACCCCUCCAUCGGUCAACCGUGCUGGUUCUGCAGUCGGGUAAAUGGUCGCGAACUGGACAAUGAUCGACGCCUGAACAAAAGGGAUAGUCCGCUGUCAUAGUCGCUAAGCCAAGCUUUUGAAUGCCACAUCAGUAGCAAUUGUACCGAUGAGAAGCAAACCAUUCAUGGCAGCCCAAGUAGGCAUGCGCUGUUAGUGUGCGUCUUGCUGUAUUACGCUUUCAAUUUGUAAAAAAAGUUGCAAUAUGAUAGUUUGAACUAUAAAUGGAAGUCAACGAGCUUUAUCCUAGCAGGAUUUUGCUCAUCCC